AUGUCAACAAAUGCUAACGAAGACAGGAAAAAGCUGAAUGAAUUAUUAACGGAGGCUUCCGAACUCGAAAUAGACUUAAAGAAACAAGAACAGCAAAAACAAAUGGUUGAAACUUUUAUUGAUUUUGACGACGAGAAAGAAUUUUUACGUAAUAGUCUUAAAGAUAUUUAUGAAGAUAUUAUUUUGAUCGAUUUAAAAAAGGCAAUAGAAAAUAAAAUUCAAGAAAAACUUUGGAGAAACAUUUUUUACAAUCAUAUUGAAGAAUUAAAACAUAAAUUAUUUAAAAUAAAACAUGAAAAUAUCUCUGAAUACCAAGCUGCUUAUCAUGAAUUGUGUAGAUAUCUUGAUUUAGGAACUGGCUUUUACCAUACACUUGUCAAUGUUUUAAAAAUUCGAGAGAAUAUAGAUUUGGAUCGUAUUGGAAUCGAAAUUUUUUUAAACAGUAUUAAUACCCCUUCAAAUGGGUCACGUUCUGCUAGCAAAUUUAAAAGGAAGGAAUUAACUGCAGAAUUUAUUCAACAAUGUCUUAUUCGUUUAGGUGACUUUGCUCGUUAUCGUGUAGCUAUUCUUGAAUCAGACGAGAAACGUUGGGAAUUUGCUAGACAUUUUUAUAAUAUGGCAGCAAUGAUUUAUUGUGAUAAUGGUAGUAGUAGAGGAGCUCAAGAACAAUUAGCUAUUUUGGCUUUCUAUAAUGAAAAUGAUUUGGAUACUGUUUAUUGGCAUUGUUUUAGUCUUGCAACAAAACAGCCCCCUAAAAUUGCAGCAGACAACUUAAAUUUAUUUUAUUCAAAUUUUGGACAAAAAAUUCAAGAUAAUAAUUUCAACGAUUAUACAAAAUUAUAUCAAAGUUACAUUGAUCCUGAGGGAACUAUCAAUGAUUUUGAUAAAUCGUUGCGAAAAGAAAAAAAUAAUAACACUAUACAUUUAGGAAAUACACUCAAGAAAAUAAUUUUUAUUUUAAUAUUUACUUUGUGGGAUUUACGUGCUCAAAAUCAUACUGUCGAACUUGGAAAUUUUCAAUCUUACAUAAUCGGCUUAGGAUUUGGUUUUUUAGCAUCAGUUUUAGAAAAUUUAAAUUCCGAUUGGAAUAAUAAUAACAUGGAGGAUGAUAAUGAAAAUGGUCAAAAAAAUGGGCAUGGUUUUUCGAUAGCUUUAGAAUGUAUGCCAGUUGUUCCCCUUUGGUGUGAAUAUAUUGGGACUUUUACAGAUGUUUUUGGCCAAUUAUUCAUCCAUUCAAAGCCAAAUGAAAAGGGUCUUGGUAGCUUUUUCUUUAUGAAUGUAAAAAGAUUUUUUAAAUCACUUACCGACCUCUUAAAUUAUUCGAAAAUUUCCAAAAUUUUAAUGGAGAAAGAUGACUUUUCAGAAAUAUCUAAUAUAGUUUUACCUGAAGAUAUUGAAUUCUUAGGAAUUGUUCCAUUGCGUAAUAUACAACAAGAAAAAAAUUUUACUUUUACAGGUAAAAUUGAUCACCUAAAAGUUAGAAUGGCCAGGCUUAUUAUUUUUGCUAAAAAAAUGGCUGAACUUAAGUCUCUUGAUAUUUUUGGUUAUGAUCCUACGGGCGUAUUCAUGAUGAUAGAUGAAGAAAUGAAGAAAAAAGAACGUGAGCGUGUUAUGAAAUUGAUGGCACAACAAUUGUUACAAGAUCAAGUGACUUCCUUGGAACACAACCUUCAAAGAAUGGGCCAUUCGCCUCAAAAAUCUAUUGUUGUUGGAUCUAAUAAUCCUGUUUCAAGCAAUAAAGAAGUUGUAAAAACAAAAAAUUUACAAAAAUUAAAGCAAUGUGUUAUUGGUAAAGAUAUAAUGUUAAAUCGUUUGAAUUAUGUGAAAAAAUGGAUUUCUGAUAAGAAACAUGUCGUGAUUGUACCGUUGGAUGUUAUUGAUUCAUUGGAUCUUAUUAAAAAAGGCAACAAUCCAGAAAAUGCGAGAGCUAGAGAGGCAAUUAGGUUUUUAGAUCACCAACUUCUGAAACAACAAAAUCAAUCCAAUAAUAAUAAAGAGCCAAAAAAUAGUAACAACCAUAAUAAUGAUCAUUUUAUUCAUAUACAGAAAAUACACGAGAAAUUACAACAAUGGUCUUGUGCAAAAGAAUAUAUUAAGGCAGAAGAUGAUAAUAAAAAACAAAAUAUUGAAAAUGUUGAUUUUGUUUCAGAAGAUGAAUUAUUAAUAAAAUAUGCAAAAAAAUUUGGCAUUUCUGUUGUUGAGGUUGGAAAUAUUUAA